AUGGAGAACGAUGGCGAAGAUGGAGAUGACAGCUACGCGAACGCGUAUCUUAACGAUGACGAUGUCGAUGAGAGCGAAGAUGCCGAACUGGCCGAGAUGCUAGCCAAAGUGCAGUCUAUUCAGCAAGUAGAAGGACGUCUACAGCCGACAGAAACGUCAGUACCUGCAACAGCCACAGAUUCCAAAACCAACCAAGCAAAGGAACCAGCAAAAGUGUCUGCGAGGCUCUCACCGAGGAAACGAAUUGAAACCCUGUCAGAACCAUCCAAGAAGACAACACCUCGGAAAUUUGCCACUGACGACGAAGAGCAGCACUGUCGUUUCCAAAUACGUAAGAAAACUCAACGUGCAGGAUCUUCCAGAGACGACUUUGACGAUGGCGGAGACUCGAGUCAAAGCUUUAUUUCUCGGAUGGAAGCGGCAGAAAGGAAUCGCCAAAAAAAACUUGAUUUAAGUCGAGGCGAGAAUGACUAUAACGCACGUUUGGAUAAGAAGGCUUGUCCAAAGUGUGGUCUUCCGCAAUCGUACUCUGAAUUCAAGGACAAGAAGAAAAAGUGUCAAAUGUGUGGCGUCGAGUUUCGCUUUCUGAAUGCGUGGGGGGAUAUUGAGCACAGCUUUACCUCCCGAAUGGCUGAAACCUCGCGUGCUCAAGCAGAAAGACAGGAACAAAUCUACGCUCAGAUGGCGGCUGAAGCGACUAAUCGACUCAAGAUAAACAAGUCGGUCAAGCAGUUGCCGUAUGAGAAGCAGAUCGCGAUGAAAAACAACAAGCAAACCUUCCUCGACCGCAAUUACACGCCAAAUGGCGACUCCAAAACUAAGAGAGCGCAGUUAGAACUGGAAGCAAAGCGCAAGGCUGCACGAUCAGCCAAAUGA